GCUAUAGUGUCCGCUGUGUCUCCAUGUAAAUGAACAGCUUCCAACAAUAUACACCACAUGAGCAAAUGAGCCCUCCUACACCUACACCUUCACUCUUGUCACAACCACUCAAACGAACGCGCGCUAAGCGUAGCUGUGAUUUUUGCAGAAAACGUAAAUCUCGAUGUGAUGCAGACCAUUCAACACCAUGCUCGAAUUGCAAAGCUUGGGGAUAUACCUGUGAAUUCCAAACUGCUCGUAAAAAGAGAGGUCCACCGAGUGUAUACGUUGAUAAUCUUGAAAAACGCUGUAAAAAGAUGGAGUCCCUGUUGGUGUCCCUGACCCGCUCCUCUAUCAAGGAACUAGAACAAAUGGACUUUAGGCUGAAAACCGUUCAAGUCGAGACAAAAUCACCCUCACCAGGUCCAUCGGAUUCAUCCUCAGAAGAAGAGGAGAUGGAAUAUGAUUCGAUAAAGUACACUGGUCAGUCCGCUGGAUUGCAGCUACUUGAUCAAGAACUAUUCAAGGCCAAACCUUAUGUACGCUGGCCCGGUCGCGAUGACCUCGUGCUACAGAUGAUGGCCCACAACGAGCUGAUGGUUGUAAGAAAAGAUACAAACGGCAGUCAAGAAACCCUUGACGUUGGCUUGUCUAUGAGAUCCUCAAUAUUUGACAAUCCAACCCGUAAAGACAUUCCAAUCACACACAGCAAAGUUUCUGCAUCAGUUGCUUCCCGAAUGGUGUCCUUCUAUUUUAGCCACCUCCAUCCUUUUCUGCCAAUCAUAAAUCGUACCCGUUUUCUCACACAUGCCCACCAACCCGCAAUUCUCACAAACGCAAUCCUAGCCCUCUCCUUCCGUUUCGCCUCCCUAUAUUUCCCCAAUCUCACUGAAAAUUCUCAAGAACAUGCCGGCACAUACUUUCGAAAAGUAAUGCACCGUCUAAGAGACACUGCUCGCUCUAGAUUGUGCCAUGUCCAGGCCGCCAUCUUAAUGACUCUCUAUCUAGAUCUGGAUGACGGAGACGUAGAGAGUAUUCAAUGGUGCACUCUAGGUAGUGCUAUCCGAAUGGCCCAAGACCUCGGUCUUCAUCGCUCGGCUACUCAUUGGAAAUUACCACCGGCCGAAAUAGAGACCCGACAUCGAAUCUUUUAUGCCUGCUAUAUCCUUGACCGUUGGAUGGGUGCACGUGCAGGCAAACCAUUGACGAUUCUUGACCGUGACUUUGAUACAGCUAUGCCCUCUGCAUACGAAGGCGACCAAGGUCCCAUAUAUCAGCCCUUCAUUUUAUUGAUCAAGUUAUCCGAAAUAUUGGGCAGAGUCCUCAAAGCUUUAUACGCACCAAACUCUAAAAACUCCAAUCGCAACGCUGGUCUUGAUGACCCCACCAUCCGUGUUGUAUUCGACCGUCGACUAAGACUCUGGAAAGAAUCACUCGAGGAUGCGGUCGGGGGCGUGUAUAUGACUCAAUCUCAGAAGACUAAUCUCCAAGUAUUUUACUACACUGUGGUCAUGCUACUCCAUCGUCCAUUUGUAGUAACUCAGGAAUUAUUUCCUGAUAUGCAGUCCAUCGUCGAGGAAUCUCGGCAUACGUGCACUGAAGCAGCCACUAAUCUAUCUAAACUUGUUCGUCAAAAGGCUUUACUAGUCGACGAUCCAGAAUCCUUUUCCUCAAUGUGUCUACCCACAUUUUUUGUCUAUGCACUCUUCCAAUCUUCACUUGUACACCUCUCUAAUGCACGGCACGACCGCACCCAACCUGAUCGGCUGUUUCGUCUCCAUCAGGCGGUUGAUCUUGUCAGAGAACACAAACAUAUCGGACCAGCAUCCCGUGCGUUAGAUAUCCUUACUAUGCUAAUAACCUUACAUGAUCUUGCCCCUGGAGGCACCGUAAAAAUUGAAGAAACUGAAAAUCGCAUUAUUUCACAAAGCCAACAGUCUCAUCCUCCAGCUGGUUUUUCUCAAGUAAAUGAGAUGCCAAAAGCCCACUGGUUCCAGAGGAUGAUAAACACUAGCAUUGUAGGCGGAAUUACACCAGAUAUUCACCAUGAUGUUGCUACGGCUAUGUUGCCAACAGACCCAUACGGCUUCCCACUUUAUAAUCGUCCUAUUGACCCUAACUAUGUACCCCAGGCACCUUCUGCAUUUACUGCAUUUACUAUCGAAAACCCAACCCUUCCACCCUCAAGUCUUAACUGGGCUGAUUGGGACCUGUAUCUUGACCAACAAUCGCUCGGCGCCUCUGCCACUAACUCUUUAACUUCUGCCAUUGGCACACACAUUCACCACGCUCCCUGAACAUAUCCAUCUUUUUGUAUUUUUAUGAAACCAAUUAUUUAGUGUAGAUAUUAAAAUGAAGGAGAGAGAAAGAAAGAGAGAGAGAGAGAGAGAGAUCUGGUUAUCCUCAUAAUUUUGGAAUUAAUUCCACAGCAAAUAUCCCUAUACAUAUACAACUAGAUACAAAUACAUCUACCAAAUAAAUAUAACUCAUAAGCCGCAUUCCCUCU